CACUCCCGUGUCUUUCCACCAGGAUUUGGUGCAUCAAACAUUGAUUUGUCUUUUAUUUUUAGCGCCCGGCCGCGAGCGAGCGUGCGCGCGAGCGUGCGCCCACACACACACACGCGCGCUCGUGCACGUUUUGUGUGCAUCUGCGCAGCAGACACGUGGGCAGCUGGACUCUUGUUUGGGUGCUUCGCGAAUGCGGUCAGCGCUCCUUUCGCUCCCCCCCCCCCCGGAGUUAAUCCCCGAAGAAGAGGUGUGGUUCUCCUCUUCUCGCCCUCCUUUGCGUCACCUCGCUCCUCCUCCUCCUCCUCCUCCUCCUCUUGUAGGGGCUCUGUUUCCUCUCGCCUCCUCUCCUCUGCAGUCCUCCCUGGGUGGGAGAUGAGGUCUUGUGGCGAGAUGGGGGAGGCCAUCGAGCUCAGCACCAGGGAGCACGUGACCCCGGAGAUGAACAAGCUUCGUCAGAGCCUGAGGAGGAAGAAGCCCACCUACGUGCCCGAGGCCAGCAGGCCGCACCAGUGGCAGGCGGACGAGGAGGCGGUACGGAAGGGCAAAUGUAACUUCCCCGUGCGGUACCUGGGGCUGGUGGAGGUGGAGGAGUCCAGAGGGAUGCACGUGUGCGAGGACGCGGUGAAGAAGCUGAAAGUUAGCGGGAAGAAGACGGUGAAGGCCGUGCUGUGGGUCUCAGCGGAUGGACUCAGGGUGGUGGAUGAAAAAACCAAGGACCUCAUCGUGGACCAGACCAUCGAGAAGGUUUCGUUCUGCGCCCCCGACCGCAACUACGACAAGGCCUUCUCCUACAUCUGCCGAGACGGCACGACCAGGCGGUGGAUGUGCCACUGCUUCAUGGCUCUCAAAGACUCGGGGGAGAGGCUGAGCCACGCGGUCGGCUGCGCCUUCGCCGCCUGUCUGGAGCGGAAGCAGCGGCGGGAGAAGGAGUGCGGCGUGACGGCGUCCUUCGACGCCAGCCGCACCUCGUUUGUGCGCGAGGGCUCCUUCCGCUCCAACCCGUCCUGCCAGCAGAGCGGCGCCGGCGAGAGGGACGACAGGCUGCUGCAGGAGCAGAAGAAAGAACCACCUCCCGCCAUCCCGGCCCUGCCUCCCGGCGCCGCCUCCCCGCCCGAGGGGGCGGCGGCGGCGGCGGCGUCCCCCAUGGAGCGGCCGGAGCCCGGCGGGCCUCACGCCAUCCCGCGGCGCCACGCGCCCAUCGAGCAGCUGGUGCGCCAGGGCUCGUUCCGGGGAUUCCCGGCGCUCAGCCAGAAGAACUCUCCCUUCAAGAGGCAGCUGUCGCUGCGCCUCAACGACCUGCCGUCCACGCUGCAGCGCAAGACCGACUUCCAGGACAAGAACCCCGAGAUGGACCUGGGUUUGCCUUGUGAGGGAGACUGUAGCAUCAACGCCCUGUGCAGCCAGAUCAACAACUCCUUCACCCACCCAUCGGACGAGCUCUACUCCAACCCUUCUUUGCCGGCAAAUGGCCCCCCAACCUGCAAUGUGCCCCCUGCCCUGCCCCCACCACCGGGACCUAUGCAGGGGACUUCUUCCUGGGUGCAGCCGGAGCCUCCGCUCCACUCUCCUCCCCCCGUUUCCGUGGCGAUGCAGAUGCAGAUGCAGAUACAGAUGCAGAGCGGACACAGGCGCACGCCCUCCGAGGCGGAGAAGUGGCUGGAGGAGGUCUCGAAGGCCGUCAAGGCUCAACAGACCCCUCCCCCGGGCCCCCCCAUCCCCAUCAUCCCCGGACCACCCUCCGUGGCGAGUCAGGCCGCCGCGCCGGCCGCCUCGCUGCCCGCUGCCCCCGUGCCCCUCGGCGCCCUGUCGAAACCACUCCUGCCGGGCCCCUGCGGCCUCUCCAGCCAGCCGCUGAUGCCCCUCCCGCCCAUGUCGAUAUCGUCGGUUCCCCUGAUACCCGGCCCCCCGGUGUCAGGCCCCCCUAUGUCCCUACCGUCCAUGUCCAUUCCCACCAUGUCCGGUCCCAGCAUGACCGGGGCCUCCAUGAUGCAGUCCUCGCUGCCCGGACACCCGGGUUCCCUCCCAAACUCCAUGCAGCCCUUCCCUCUGGCGUUCGACGCCGCGGCGGCGGCUCCUGGGGGGAUGCUCGGCAGCCAAGCGGUCCAGCCGGCAUUCGUGCACAUGCAGACCUACAUGCCAGGGCUGGCCAGCAGCAUGACGUAUCCCAGCGCCAGCGUGCCCGUGGUGGGCAUCACGCCAUCGCAGAUGGUGGCGAACGCCUUCUGCACCGCCACGGGCUCAUCCGUGGCAGGGGGGGGACCCAAAGUCGGCGGGCUCGGCGCGGUCGGGCAGCACCACUCUUACCCGGCGGCACCCGGGUCAGCCGGGCACCCCGGCGGGUUUUCCACGCCGCCAUUCUCUCCCACGCCGCCGCUGUCGGCGGCCAUCAACGGCCUCCCCCCUCACAGCAGCGCCAUGAUGGCCCUCCAGAACGGGACCAGUAGCAUCGGCGGCGCCUGGCCGCCGGAGGGCAGCCAGCUGACGGCUCCGGCAGGCGGCGUUUCCCAGGACGACGAUCGCUUUGAGGCCAAGUGGGCGGCACUGGAGGCCAAACCCCAGCAGCCCGGGAGCAGGGCGCUGCCCGCCGCCGCGGCGGCGGCCAACCCAUUUUCCAACAAUCUUCAGAAGACUUUUGAGAUUGAGCUUUGAGCCGGCGUUGGCCUCCCCGGAGCCCUGGAGGUGAAGCCCCCCCCCCCCCCGCGGGGGGCUGUGUGCAGGCGUCUGACCUGUGGUUGCCUAGCGACUCGCCACGAGCUCCCAUGGGGGUGCGUGUUGAAACGAACUCCGUUGCUUAAUUUACACCCCCACGAGAGCUUUGAGGGGGAGUCAGCGGGUUGCUGGGCAGCCGUCGGGGGGGGGGGGGGGGGGUCAGGUGUUCAGCUCAAACGGACUCGACGGGAUGGAUUUUCUUUCGACUCUCUCUCCUCUGCUUCCACUUGCUUUACUUCACUUGCUGCGAGUCCCUGGAUGUACUGUAUGCGACCCCCCCCCUCCCCACCCCCCCUCCCUGAGGACGUUGUGGGGGACACAUAACCCUUUCUUUAAAAGGGGACUCGGAUGCAUUCCGUGCCCCAUGAGAACUUCGUCAGAAGACGUGCAGAGAAGCGGAGAAGCGGGCUGGAUGACGAUCAGAGUUCGGAUUCCCCCGAAAGGACCGGAUUCCACCAACCCGACAGAACUCACUCACUAAUAGUAGAGAUUUAUGGCCAAAUUAUUUUAUUUAUUGUACUUUAUUUUUAACAUAAAAAUCACUUUUUUUUUAAACCGAGUUAUUUUAAAUUCCAAGUAUUUAUUUAGUUUGAACGUCAAGGAUGUGGGAAUCCGUCAGGUAGAAGCAAAGCAUUGUGGGAAACUCUAACGGGAACCAAAAAGACCCCCCCCCCCCCC